CUACGGUUUAUAAUUGAAACAACUGAACUAAAAGAGAUAUCAGUUGUGUUUUAGGGGAAGCAACGCUGUGAUGGAAUCUGAGCAAGAACGACUCUGAAUCUCUGAUGCGUUUGUGUGUGUUGUCUGUGUGUGACAGUUUGAAUCCCUCGAUACUUGGGCAUCGCUUCAAAAUCUUCUCAACCUCUCUCUGCCGUAGAUUUUCUAAUCCCCACGGAGGUCAACGGCGGCGGCUAUUCUCUUUUCUCCACCAUUUUCUCCUUCUGAGACGUCUUUAUUUCCGUAAUAGUUAUCGUAAAUGGAAAGAAGCAUGGAGGUUUAUGGCCCACCUGUUAAAAGGAGGAGGGUAUCACAUCCACACCGAGUGAACCAUUCUGAAUCUAACAAAGAGCCUAAUCUGCUCCCCCCAAAUGGGAGCACAGAUAUUAGUAUGGCUUGCAUAGAUGAAGCAACUGCAACUGUUUCUCCAGCAGACAUGCCAAAUAUAGAAAUGGUAGUCAAACAGGAUGACACAUUCAAUAAUGGGAAAGAAAGUUUAACCGAGGGCUCCCAGAUUGACUGUUUUGCCCUUGAGCAAGAAAGCGAAAAGAACAAGGAUAAGAUUGUGAUGGAAGGAUCAGAAUCAUCUACCACUGAAGAUAGGAGUCAUCCCAGUGAUAAAAACACAGAACUGAAGAUGGAUGUGGUUAAUUCAAUAACUAAAAUGGAUGCAGUUAAAGAAAAUUCUAGUGAAGCUAGGAAUGAAGAUAAUUGUCAUUCACAUCCUAGAAAAAAGCUUCUUGUCCUUGAUGUGAAUGGGUUGAUUGUUGAUAUUGUAGCAGAUCCAGAUGAAGCCUAUAGAGCCGACACUAUAAUAGGGUCAAAAUCAGUUUAUAAGAGACCAUAUUGUGACGAAUUUUUAAAUUUUUGCUUUGAGAGAUUCAAUGUAGGUGUCUGGACAUCAAGAACAAGAAGAAACAUAGAACGGGUCCUUGACUUUCUCAUCAAAGACACUCAGCAUCAAUUGCUUUUCUGUUGGGAUCAAUCUCACUGUACUGAGACCGGUUUCAAUACUAUUGAGAACAGUGAUAAACCAUUAGUUUUAAAAGAACUUAAAAAGUUAUGGGAAAAACAAGAUCCUAAUCUUCCCUGGGAAAAAGGAGUCUAUGAUGAAUCAAACACUUUUCUUUUGGAUGAUUCUCCAUAUAAAGCACUUCGCAACCCUCCGAAUACUGCAAUCUUUCCCUAUACUUACAGUUAUCGAAAUACCCAAGAUAAUGGCUUAGGACCUAAAGGCGACCUUCGAAAUUAUCUUGAAAAGUUGGCAGCAUCUGAUAAUGUCCAAAAGUUUAUACAGCAAAACCCAUUUGGCCAACAACCUAUUUCUUACAACAAUGAAUCAUGGAAAUUUUACCUUAAGGUUAUUGGUGACAGUGCCACCUGUCCACAACAAGAAGCUGAUGCUUCUAAAUCUUGUUUUAGAAAGAAACUUUUAGUUAUUGAUGUGAGUGGGUUGCUUGCUGAUGUUGUGUCACUCCCACGUGAAAGAUAUAAAGCAGACACAAUACUGCAAUAUAAAGCAGACACGAUACUACCAGGGUCAAGGGCAGUGUUUAAAAGACCUUAUUGUGAUGAGUUUUUGCAAUUUUGCUUUGAUAGAUUCAAAGUAGGUAUGUGGGCAUCAACAUCAAGAUUUCAUACAGAACGGGUUCUUGACUUUCUUAUGAGAGACACUCAACACAAAUUGCUUUUCUCUUGGGAUCUAUCUGAUUGUACAGACACAGGUUUUCGUACUGUUGAGAACAUGAACAGACCCUUAGUUUUAAAGCAACUUAGAAAAUUAUGGGAAAAGAAAGAUCCAAAUCUUCCAUGGGAUAUUGGAGACUAUGAUGAAUCAAAUACACUUCUUUUGGAUACUUAUCCAUCCAAGGCUCUGCUAAAUCCCCCAUACACAGCAAUCUUUCCUUAUGCUUACUGCUACUGGAAGACAGAAGAUACUUCCUUAGGGUCUGAUGGGGACCUGCGAAUAUAUCUGGAAAAGUUAGCAGCAUCUGAGAAUGUUCAAAAAUUUGUGGAGCAAAAUCCAUUUGGCCAUCGUCCCAUUACAAGCAAAAAUCUUUCAUGGGGAUUUUACCAAAAAGUUAUUCGUGUCUUUACGUCAAAAUCAGAAACCGACAACAUUACUUCUUCCACUCUUCCAAUCAAAUCGGAAUCAGAAGUCAACACUGUUACUGAUUCCGCUCUUCCAACCAAAUCAGAACAAGAAGCCGACACUGUUAUGGUUUCUGCUCUUCCAAUUAAAUUGGAACCAGAAGCUGACACUAUGACUGAUUCCAUUCUUCCAAUCAAGUUGGAACAGGAAGCCAACACUGUUACUGAUUCCGCUCUUCCACCACAAGCCGACACUAUUACUGAUACUGUUCUUCCAACCAAAUUGGAACCAGAAACCGAGACCAUUACUGAUUCCGCUCUUCCAACCAAAUUGGAACCAAAAGCCGGUGCUAUUACUGAUUCCAUUCUUCCAAUCAAGUUGGAAAAGGAGGCCAACACUAUUACUGAUUCCGCCCUUCCAAACAAAUUGGAGCAAGAAUCCGGCGCUAUUACUGAUUCCAUUCUUCCAAUCAAGUUGGAACAGGAGGCCAACACUGUUACUGGUUCCGCUCUUUCAACCAAAUUGAAACCAGAAGCCGGCGGUAUUACUGAUUCCGCUCUUCCCACAAAAUCAGAACGGGAAUCUAACACCAGUCCUGCUUCCCUUGCUGAAAAUAUAAAGGAGCCAGAAACCGAAACUAAUCCUGAUUCAGCUGCUGAAACCCUAAAAGGUUUGUCACACUCACACUAACAUUAAACCUGAGAAUAACAGAACCUAAAAUGAAGUGAGGCCAUUUUGAUACAUGUUGUACUCUGUGUUCAUAUUUAUAAUUAGAUGAUCUAGGCCUAGAUAGUUUGAACUUUGAACCUAGCACAUAUCACAUAUGCAUUCUUUGAUUGUUGGUUUUUGCAUCCUGUUCCUGUUCCUGUUAUGUUAUAUUUCUACCGGAUUUUGUGAGCUGGUACUACAUAUGACACGAAGAUGACAGCUGUUGGUGGUGCCGCUGCUGGUGGUGGUGGGGGAUACAGUGGUUUCAUGGUUUUUGAUUUUGUAGGUGGACUGACCAACUGCACUGCAGUGAUCUCAUAUUUAUAGUGUUUCUUAGGCUGUCUGUAACACCAAAUUUUGUGAUGCUUGAUUUUAUAUAAAACUCAAUGAAAUUGUUUAA